AUGGUUAGGAAGAUUAUUGAAGCAAGAAAUGUGAUUAAUCAGAGUCAACUGGUGCAGAAGAAUACUAAUAGUGUGAUCAGACAACAAGAGAGAACUUCAUGGAAAUGUUUCAUGUUCAGAAAUGAAGCUAGUGCAAAAGCAAAAUUCACUAUGUGGUUACAUUUUCAUGGAAGGAUGCUUACUAGUGACAGACUAGCAAAAUGGGGUAUCACUACGGAUCCAAUCUCUGUGCUAUGUCAAGUACAACAUGAGAAUAUGAAUAAUUUAUUUACCGAAUGUGUAUUUACUAAAGGAAUAUGGGACAGACUGCUGGUUUGGACGAAUAGGAAACCAUACAAAGCUACAACAUGGACACAAUACUUCCAAUGGUCUCUAAGCAAUGCUAAGGGAAAGUCACAAGCUGCAUCUGUAUUCAAGAUGGUAUAUUUGUUGAGACCAUUCAUGAAUGGUGUAUGGACUGAGAGGAAUUUGCGCAUAUUUUUACUAGAAACUCAGAUGUCAAUCAAAAUCAAGGAGCGCAAAGACUCAAGAUCCUCAGCAAGUCCAACCAAUAUAUUGCAGUUACAAAUAUCAAGUUCAGUUAAGAAGGAGAAACCUGAUACUUGA